AUGGCGCGCCGAACCUCCCGCCUGGCCGCGUCCGCAACUCCCGCUCUCGCUGACGUCCCUGCUACACACGACACCCCCGACGAUACGAUGAGCCUCGACAUUCCAGAGCAGCUCCUCACCCCAGAGGCUAGCCGCUCGGAGACUUCAAGCAACAAUGAGAACGCGUCGACGGAGGAGCAACCGACACAGCGGCGGAGAUCAACACGAGUCGUACGCGCAUCGUUGCGGGCCACCGAGGCGCUUGAGAAUACCCCGGGCAAGAAGGAUGAGAGCACCACCUCAUCAAGCCAGGCAUAUGUAGACAGUCUGGCCAAGGCAAAGCGCUCGCGAUCUGGGCUCAGACAUAGUAUCGCCGUGAUGCAGUCGUCGCUGCGGACCGACUCGGCCCUGCCUACUGAUGAUACUUUGAUCGAAGACCACUCAAUGGCUCCCGAUACCCCUGUUUCGAAGUCCUCGCAGGAGCUGCAGCCCGAAGAUAUGAACACUUCGCUUCAACAACGGACUCUACGAAAGCGUGUAGAGAGAGCACUGGUUCAGGAUGAGGAAUCGGCUACGGCAAAAUCAAACCCCAAGAACGACUCUCGUCAACCACUACGUCGAUCGACUCGCGCCAGUUUAUUGGGCAAGGCCUCGGAAUUUAUGGAACGAGCCAACAGUGUUCUAGGUAAGCGCUCGAGGGAUCUUGGUGACAAGGGCAAAGAGGUUGGUCGACGUGCUAGUCUUCGUCCCCGGCAUAUUGCGCCGACCAAGGAAGAAGGGCCAGCCUCUGUAGCAGAGCCUGCAGCUAAAAAGCGGCGGGUCUCCGAGAGCGAUCUAUCGAAUCUGAAAUCCAAGGACGAAACGCCCUCCGAGGAGUCCACUGCCCCGCCCGUUGUCAAAUAUAAGCCCAAGGUGUGGAUGAAACAUGGGCUGUACAGUGGACAGGAGGCAAGCAAUUCUCCCCCAAAGCAGCGAAAGAGCAAGAAUUCAGGAAAGACCAGCCUCGAUAUAACCAGGCGACGGCGCCAUCUUCCCAUGCCGAUAUUUGGCGGGCUCCGACUUAUAAAGACUGAAAGGGAUUAUCUCCUUCCAUUUGACAUUUUCUCUCCGCUCCCACAAGGUCAACCCAAACCAGACGAGUGGCGAAAGACCAACAAAAAUGUCUUUGUGGGCGACGCCGCCAGCGAAUGGAAAGCAAACAAGAAAGUAGAAUUGUCUACUUGUAUGUGCGAUGAAGAUACCGGUUGUGAUGAAAAUUGUCAGAAUCGCUAUAUGUUCUACGAGUGUGACAAUGGCAACUGCCGAUUAGGUGCAGAAUGUGGCAACCGAAACUUCAGCGAGCUUAAGAACCGAACAAAGGCCGGUGGCAAGUACAAUAUUGGCGUGGAGGUUAUCAAGACUGAGGAUCGAGGAUACGGUGUGCGUAGCAACCGAUCUUUCGAACCAAAUCAGAUCAUCGUGGAGUACACUGGAGAAAUCAUCACCCAAUUCGAGUGUGAAAGGAGAAUGAGGAAUGUGUAUAAGAACAACGAAUGUUAUUAUUUAAUGUACUUCGAUCAAAACAUGAUCAUUGACGCCACACGAGGAUCCAUUGCACGAUUUGUCAACCACUCUUGUCAGCCCAAUUGUCGAAUGGAGAAAUGGACUGUUGGCGGAAAGCCACGCAUGGCUUUAUUCGCAGGAGAUCGAGGGAUCAUGACUGGAGAUGAGCUGAGUUACGACUACAAUUUUGACCCUUACUCCAAUAAAAAUGUCCAGCAAUGCCGCUGUGGAGCACCAAACUGUCGCGGCAUCCUUGGACCUCGGCCGAAAGAUAAAGACCAGCGUGCCAAAGCAGAGGCUGCCAACGUGAAGGUCGCCAAGACUGGUGGUACGAAGCGAAAGCGCGCAACGGCGGCUGGAACCGGGGCGCAAACAAAGAAGCGCAAGUUGCUCAGUGCGAAAUCCAUCAAGGUCGGCGUCAAGAAGGCUGUGAACAAGGUCACAACUGCGCGGGGCAAGACAACCACCAAGAAGACUACCACUACCACAGCUCGUGGCCAAACCAAGACCAAAACUUUAGAGAAAAAGACCGUCAAAUUGCCCACAGUCAAAGCAGCAUCGAGAGUUAAGGCGGCCAUUCGUGCCCCCCAACGAAAGACAACAUCGGCGAAGGCAAAGGCAGCUACUUCACCGGCUAAAAAGACCAACCAGCUCAAGCGACCUUCCGCUGAAACUAAGAAGCAAAUCCUCGCCAACGCUGCGAAUGGAAGCAGGUCUCCGACCAAAUCUCCAGCCAAGCCACCUGCGAAAGGCAAAGCACCCAAGGCCGAGAAAAAGUCACCCCGCAAACCCGUCGCGAGAAAGGCCCCUACAAAGGCCCCUGUAAAUGUCAAGAUGCCUACCCUCAAGGCAAAGGGCUCAGCUAAGAGCCCCGGUAAGACCGCACAGGGCAAGAAAAGCCUGGGCAGCAGCGUGAAGAGCGCAGCCCGCAGUGUCGCUCAAAUUGUGAAAGGACGCCACUAG